AUGUUUGAAGUGAACAUUGACGUAAACUGGACCGAGUGGACGGACACUACCGGUGUGUGUUCUGUAUCCUGUGGAGGAGGCUCUAGAACCAUCAACAGAACAAGGACCUGCACCAACCCAGCACCCAGCAACGGCGGACGGGACUGUGUAGGAUCACCUUCAGAUCAUUACACAGAGGUUUGCAACACCAAUGGCUGCCCAGUUGACGGAAACUGGACUGAAUGGACGGUUACUGAGGGAGUGUGUUCAGCAUCUUGUGGAGGAGGCUCCAGAACCAUCUCCAGGAGCAGGACCUGCACCAACCCUUCUCCUAGCAACGGUGGAGAGAACUGUGUAGGAUCACGUACAGGUCGAUACACAGAGAUCUGCAACACCAAUCGAUGUCUAGUUGAUGGGGGCUGGUCAAACUGGAUCAUUACCACAAGCGAGUGCUCAGCAUCUUGUGGAGGUGGAUCUAGAACUGUCACAAGUACUAGAACCUGCACCAGUCCUGCUCCAAGAGACGGCGGUGCUGACUGUGUAGGCUCCUCCACAGUCACAUACGCAGAAACCUGCAACACAGAAGGAUGCAAUGAUCCAUGCAGUGGUUGCCGGUAUGUCAACGGUAUUGGAUACAUCCCUGACCCCAGCGACUGUGCCCGGUUCAUACUGUGCCAAGAACCCAGACCCGGCAAAACUGCUAUUUUCCAUAGAAUGCAGUGUAGUCCUGGAUUGUACUGGAACCAACAGCAUCUGGUGUGUGAUUGGCCAGCCAACGUCAUCUGCACAGUGGAAGCUGAAGAGGAAACAUUUGCUCCAUCGACUGCAGCACCACCAACAGCUGCUCCGCUGACAUCCCUUCCCUCGUCGUUGUGCGACGCCUCGAAGAAGGAAAAGCCAGGAAAUACAGCUCAGUAUCAGGAACUGAUACACGGAAACUGGAUCACCAGAUUCUGUGCUCCAGGAACUGUGUACUCUACGACCAGUUGUAGCUGCAUCACCGAUCAGAAUGACACGUCCCCAGUCUGCCAGGCGGAGGUUUACCUUCCUUUCAACAGUGACGUGAACGACCAUUCGACUAACCACCACUAUGUACAAAACACUGGUUUUGUAACUACCAACAGUGGCCAUGGCGUCUUCAGCAACAACACCCAACUCCGGAUCCUCCGGUUCUCCAACAUGCAUUUCGGGAAGACUCUGAUCAUCUCAUUUUCGUUCAAACGCACUCAGGCUACAAGCAGAGCUCAGGCUAUCGUCACCAACGAUGACUGCGGGCAUGGCGGCAGCAUCUACAUCACCACUCAGCGGUCAACCGUGCAGUUUCGUGUUGUCAAUAGCAACAACGUUACGCAUACUUUCAAUGUAUCGUACAGAGUGAGUAUUAAAAACUCCAUCAUAUCGUGUUCAUAA